UUUAGCAAACGUCACUUUUUGACGUCCGUCCCAAAGCACUAACCUCUCUAUGAACAGAAUCCUUUGGAAGUCAUGGCAAGUCGAGGACAUCUGAAGGCCUCCCCACAAAUAGAGGCAGAUCGCCGUCUCCUGGCCUUCCAGUCCUACGAAGACUAUCUAGACUCCCUUGGCACCACCCAAGACGAAUGCUACCUCCAGAGCAUCGAAGUUUCCAGAGCAAUAGCGGAGUUGGGCUACAGGAGCUCAGGAGAAACUCUCAGCAGGAAGCAGUUCGAGAAAAGACUAGCUGCCGUGCAUCUCUACCUCUACCCGCCAUACAAACCAUACGAACUGUCCAGUGAAGGGAUGGUGAAGGGGGAUCCGCUGCAUCAGGAUCUCGCGCUCAGAGAACGCUCCAACAGAGUGGGGAUAUUGUCAACCAUCAUCUUCUUGAAGUAUUACACCAAGGCUGGUUUCGAGAUUUCCGGGUACAUCGACUUCGGGGAGAAGCUAGCCAGUGAGGAUUGGAAACCGUUUUUCCGAGGCAAGAAGAAGAUCUUGCCCAAAAUCACCGACUUGGGGUACUACCACUGGAGAUCCGGCAGAGUAGUGUCGAACGAUUCGUUGAACUACAAGGUGCAGCAGGAUCCAGUGAAGGGACUCAUAUUCCAAAACAGGUUCGACAGGAAAAUCAUCAAUCCUGCACCAGGGGUGGACCCAGGGGCGAAUACGACAAGGAAAAGGAUUUACACUGAUUUAUACGACUUGGUGAUAAUUUUUGAUCAUGUUGUGAGACAAAGGAUAUGAAUAAAUAAAGACAAUAAAGGAUGAUUACACGGA